CGUUCGAAGACUUUUUGAGAACCCUGUAUAUGCGCAUCCGUAAUGAUAUAUUAAGGAAAAGGAGUGGUUCAACCGCAAAUAAACCUGUAAAAUGGAAGUGGUAUGAAUAUAUGAGAUUUCUACAUGAUAUACAGGAUUCUCAUAAUACUACUACUAACAUUCCGAGUAAGAGCGACUGUGCAUCAAGUAAAAUAUCAGAACUUGACGAAGUUUCCAUGCAAAAGCGACAAAAGAGAUCGAAUAAUAGCGACAUGUUAGAGACGUCAUCAAGUAUUAUGAGGGAACCAAUAAAAAUAGAAACAUCAUCGUUACAAACAGAAGAAAUAGUACGUACAAUACCUGAACAUAUACAAUCAGAAGAUAAUAAAACUAAUAUAAUUACCGUAAUAGGAAAUCUAUUACGCGAAUUUCCAAAUAACGAAGGAUUUUCUUAUGCAUUAAAAUUAUUACAAUUAACUUUUGAAAAAAAAGAGACCAAUUACGAAACAAAGUAUGAAGGUUAUAAUGUGUUACUUUUACUGAGUAAUUGGUAAUAUACAAAAUUACUCUGCAUUCUAAAACUGCGUUGUGUUGUAUGUAAAUAU